AUGUUAAUCUUUUGGAGUGCGCUCGCCUCUUUUAUUCCUGCCACAUUCGGAGCUCCCGUCUCGGGAAACACCAAGGACGCUAGUCCAUGCACGAAUCCUGUGAUUCGUAAAGAGUGGCGCACUUUGAGCCAGGACCAAAGGGAUCAGUUCCAUAAGGCUGUCAAAUGUCUCCAGGAUAAGCCUUCUGCAUUGAACGUUGAAGAGAGCCGGAAUCUUUAUGACGACUUUACUUAUGUUCAUUACACAAUCAACGAAACCAUUCACCAUGUCUCCUCUUUCUUUCCUUGGCAUCGGUAUUUCAUUGUAUUGCGCGAGCAAGCAAUGGCAGACUGCGGUUAUUCGGACCCAAUGCCGUACUGGGACUGGACACGCGACUCUACUCCAGAGACAUUCCGAAAUUCGGAGAUCUUUGACAACGAGAAAGGAUUCGGAGACGAUGGCACAGGCAAGACAAAUUGGACGGAUGGCUUGUGUGUGGAAGACGGACCAUAUGCCGGCCUUCAUGUCAACGUUCCUGAGCCCCACUGCUUGACACGACAAUUCAAUAUUAGCGAGCAGCUGAUGACCAAUUGGACAAAGUCAUUGGUGGAUGAAAUAAUGGAAUACCCCGACUAUCUUAGCUUUUGGAACAAUACUGAACGCCACCCACACGAUAACAUUCAUCGUAUAGUCGGCGGAGAUUUGAAACGCCAAUAUUCCUCCAAUGAUCCUCUGUUCUUCCUGCAUCACGCUCAAGUUGACCGUCUAUGGACCUUAUGGCAAGGACGAAACGAAACCCGUCUUCACGAUUAUGCCGGAAACACUGUACAAAAUAUGACCGCAAAUACGGCUAGCCUAGGCGAUGAAAUGUUCACUUUAGGGUUCGCUCCGGAGCGCGAUGUACAAAGCCUGAUGGAUACAAUGGCUAGUGGCUUAUGCUAUACAUAUGACGAUGCUGGUGAUUGGGAAAGCUGA